CACCGCGCCUCGCGCUCUCCCCUCUCCGAACAAUGCUGUCCCUCUCCGCGGCUCCCCUGUCCUUCUCCGGCGCGCCGGUGCUGCGGCCGACCCGCAUGGGGCCCAGCCCGACCAUGGCGGUCGAGGACCUGGUUGGCGGCAUCAACGACCCGAUCUUCGGUGGCACACCCGAGGGCAAGGUGUGGGACCCGCUUGGCCUUGGCGCGGAUGAGGCGUCGCUGUACCGCCGCCGCUGCGUCGAGAUCAAGCACGGCCGCGUGUGCAUGGUCGCCUUCCUUGGCAUGACUGUUGGGCCCAACGAGCUCUUCCAGCCUACGCACCAGCUGCUGUCCCCGUCGCUCGGCCUCCACUUCGACGACAUCCCGGGCGGCAUCGCCGCGAUUGACUCGGUUCCGGCUGCGGGCUGGCUCCAAAUCAUUGCGCUCGUCGGCGUGCACGAGCUCACGAUUGCCAAGCAAGACUACACCAAGGAGCCCGGCGAGAUCCCAACCUUCCUCGGCCGCCUCGCGAUGAUCGCCGUGCUCGGCGAGCUCAUGGCGCAGAAGGUGUCCGGCAUGGGCACCUACGAGCAGCUCGGCCUUAUCGUCAAGGACGGCGCCGCCCUCGCGGGCGUUGAGCUGCCUUUCUAGAGCUGUACGUGUUCUCUCUCUCGCUGCUGCGCCAAAUCUAGCAUGGUCUCUGAUCGAGUGGUCUGCCCCCGCCUGCCCCCAGCGCGGCGCAGCGCGCGCCGAGCUUCGUGUAAGCCCCUGUCCCUCUAUCUUCUUUCGUGAAAACAAUUAAGGGAUGGG